AUGAGAUCUGGAUCAUCACUGAAUCAACUUUAUCAUCCGCAUACUGUUUAUUUUGACAGUGUUGGAAACUUGUAUGUUGGUGAUGAAUGGAACUUUCGGGUUCAAAUAUUUCGGUCAGGAAUGAAUACAUGUGAUCAAUUGAGAACAACAGAAAAACCAUCUUUAACUUCAGUUUCAUCUAAAUAUCGAGAUAAUUCAACAUCAAUGUUUAUUGUUGUUGACUCGUGUGGUACUACAACAAAUAUUGGUCAAAAUUGUAAUAUAUCCGGAACAAUUUGUGCUAUGCAAAAGCCGUGUCCGAACAAUAGCAAAUGCAUUGAUCUGAACAACGGGCACGAUUACAAUUGUUCAUGUCGCAUUGGUUUCUUUGGCAAACAAUGUCAGUUCAUUCGAAGUUCUUGUAAAUUAAAUACUUGUCUCUACGGUACUUGUCGUCCGAUAACAAAUUCUACAUAUGAUUGCACAUGUUCAUAUGGUUAUGAAGGAACGAGAUGUGAACGAAAAAUAAAUUAUUGCUGGAAUAUCACCUGUUACAAUCGAGGCGUUUGUCGUCCACUGUUAGGUGCUUAUAAAUGCGAGUGUCUCUCUGGAACCGCCGGUGAACAUUGCGAAAAAGUUACAACAAAACUUUAUAUAUAUCGAGUUGUCGCGAUGUCGUUCGCUUUCAUCGCAAUUCUAGCGAUGAUCAGCGUUAUAUUGUUUGUUAUUAUUAUGGACGUUCUCAGAUACUUUUUCGGCAUUGAUCCCAUACGACGAGAGCGCGAACGAAUACGAAAAGCACGGCGAGCAAAACGGCGUAAGCCAGUUAUUCAACGCUUUGUUUAUGUCAAUGCAAAACCCCUACCGAAACGAACACUUUCAACUAUAGAAGAAGAAACAUCGAUUUAA